CGGGUUGAGUUAUGUUGUCGGGUUUAGGUCUCAUUUUGUCACAGAACUACAAAACGACAACGUUUGAAGCAACUCUUUAGAAAAAAAAGACUCGGAAGCUCAGAGAGAAGAGAGCAGAGAAGAAGAGAAAGCGAUAAGAAGAAAUGAUGGAGGAAGGUCCACCAGCUCCGAAGAUCCUUCGAAUGGUCUACUUCGUCGGCGCCGGAUUUCUAUGUACUUACGCGAUCAAUAAGUGGCGUGAGAUGGAGAGAAACUCGAUUCUGAAGCAGGAGGAGGAGCAAAAGAAUCAACAACAAGGAGAUGUAGCUUUAUUGCAUCAAUCGCCUACAAAUUCGAUUCAGAAAGCUAUGAAAUGAUCAUCGCUAACCUCCUCCUUUUCUUGUGAUUUUGUUUUUUUUUUUGAUCUUGCGAUUUUAGUAUCGUUGUUGACUUUAAAGUUUGGAUUUAUCUUUCACUCUUCAGUGGAAAAAUGAAAUUGCACCUGCUUUGUGCUCAAUGCAAAGAUUGUUAAGCUUUCUUAGCUCA